CUCCGCCCGCCGCGGCGCCCCGCUGCCCGCCCAUGCUGAUGGCGAUGGCGGACACGCUGCUCAAGCAGCACGCCUCCCUCAAGCUGUCGCUGAGCAACAACAACCACCCCGGCGCCGAGGACCACAACGUCCACCAGCGCCGCUCGCCGCACCCGGCCAAGCAGCGGAAGCGCAAGAGGCUCUCGCAGGUGGUGGACAAGCUCGCCGGCCAGGUGACCAACAACAACAUCCACCUGCACAACAACAACAAUGAGCUCAAGAGCCACAAGCCCGAGGACGGCGGCACGCUGCACCACCCGCCGCGGCCCGACGUGUUCCGCUUCGACAGCGUGGACCGCGAGCGGUACGCGUCGCCCAUCAGCGAGGAGGACGAGGUGGAGGACGUCUUCAGCCCCGCGUCCGCCAUGUCGGGCGCGUCGGGAGCGUCGUCGUCCAAGUCGCCGCACUCCUCCAUCACCGACUCGCCCAAGAUCAGCUUCAGCCCGCUCAGGCUCAAGGACUCCUCCAUCGACGAGGACGACUCGGACCCGCCCGCGGGGCUGAGCGCCGUGUCGCACCACGGCCACCAUGGCCACGGUCACCACGGCCACCACAGCCCGCAGUCGAGGUACCCGGGGUGCUCGUGCCAGCACUGCGUGUACGGCUCGUCACCCAUCUCGCCGCUCACGCCGCUGUCGCCCACCGCCGCGCCGAUGUACAACAGCUUCGAGCAGUACAUCCACAACAAGUACCUGCCCGACAUCUUCCGGCGGCGCAGCCAUUCGGACUCGGACCUGCCGCUGUGGCUGGAGGCGGCCAAGCUGGAGCGCGGCGACCAGCUCGUGCCCGCCGGCCCGCCCACGUCCCGGCCGAGGCUCAGCGUGCACCGCACCAAGGCCGCGUCCCUGGACUCGGACUCCAGCACGCCGCAGGACAGCCCGCUCGACCUGUCCGUCAAGACGUCGCGCUCCGGGUCGCGCUGCGGCUCCACCAGCGGCAGCAGCUCGGCGGCCACCUCCACCAGCGGCUCGCCCCCCGAGCCCCUGCACCUGCCCCGCGAGGUCCGCGAGGCCGCCAGGGAGGCGGCCAGGGAGGCCGCGCGCGAGGCCCGGGAGGCAGUCCGCGAGGCCAAGCUGGAGCUGCCCGACGACGCCGGGUCCCCGACGCCGCCCAUGCUGCAGCUGCUGCCGCCCGGCUUCCUGCCGCCCCGCGGCGGCGCCAACAGUGUGUCCGUGCCCGUGGUCAAGGGCGACGUGGCCUCCCCAACCACCAAAGAGUCGGUGUCGCUCCGCUACAACCUGGACGUGUCCCCCGUGGUGGAGGAGAUGCCGCCCGGCGCCGACGUCGCGUACGUGUGCCCCGUCUGCGGCCAGAUGUUCAGCCUGCACGACCGCCUCGCCAAGCACAUGGCCUCGCGCCACAAGAGCAAGGCGGCCACCGCGGACGCGGCCUCCAAGGCGUACCUCUGCGACGUGUGCAAGCGGUCGUUCGCGCGCUCGGACAUGUUGACGCGCCACAUGCGCCUGCAUACGGGGCUCAAGCCGUACACGUGCCGCGUGUGCGGCCAAGUGUUCUCGCGCUCUGACCACCUCUCCACCCACCAGCGCACGCACACGGGCGAGAAGCCGUACAAGUGCCCGCAGUGCCCGUACGCCGCGUGCCGCCGGGACAUGAUCACCCGCCACAUGCGCACCCACGCGCGCUACGAGCCCGGCCAGGAGCCGCCGCCGGGGCUCGACCUGGGCCUGGGGUCCCCGAUGACGCCGCCGCCUGCCAGCCCCACCCUGGACCCCGAGGCCGAUUGAUCGUACGCCUCGGGCCCAGGACGCCUGGCCGGCCCUGGGCUCUGCGGGGGCCGCGUGCUGCGCCCCGCUCCGUUGUACCCCGCCGCCCUGUACUCUCAGGAGCGCUGGGUCAACCCUUGGGCCGAGCACUGGCCCUGGGCCGAGCCAGCAGGGCCGGCAGUGCCUUGGGGCAACCCUUUCCACAUGUGCCAUGACCGCGCGCCGUGAGGGCCUGGGGCCCAGUGCCAAGGGCCAAGGGCCCGGCCCGGCCGGCCCCACAGCCUACGGCCCCAACGGCCCCCGCGGACCGCGACUAGCCCCAGUGAGGAGCUGCAGUGACUCUGCCACUCGUGACUGGCCUGGAAGCUCCCCUUCCACGGCCACCGCGGCCCUUAAUUUAUUGCCCUGUCCUUGUAUUUGUUAGACGAUAGAAAUGUAAUAUAUACAUAAUAUAUAUUGUGUAUCCAGGAAAGUCACGAGUGGUGCAUCAAUGUGUUUGGUCGAUAUUUAUUCCUGUCAGUGAAAGUAGUCUAGUUAUUGGAUAUGCAGCUUUGUCUACGCCAAAGCUUUCGAUUGUAGUACCUUUUGAUUUGGAAAUACUUAAUAUAUUAUUUCUUGGACAGUUUUGCUCUCUUGUAAGAAGAUCUCAUUUGCCUCUUGACGUUUUGUAAACGUGAGUAUAAAUUGGAGACAGCCGUGCGCGCACAACCCAUUACACCGUUUGUGUUUCCACAGUAUUCUUUGUGUUUAUGUCUUAAGUAGUCUUCGUAUUGUGGUAGCGUGGGCGUUCUCAUUGCGCUGAGCAUCUAGGCCAGUCGUGUAAUAUUGAGCUAAAUUGUCCUCAAGGAUUAAAAAUCUGAUCUAAUUCUAUGUUUUAAGUGAUACUUGCGGGCAAGUAAUUAGAUUCGAACGGGAACAAAUCCGGGGUUAUAUUCACUAGUAGAGUCUCUAAAAUGUUAUGGAUAUGUAAUAGUGUUACAUACAUGCAAGACAUUGAACCAAAGGAUUUGUAGCAGACACUGUAUAAUCCGAUUCACGAUUUGGUCCCAAUUAGUCAUAAGUAACUUUUGUAUAAACUCCCCUCCUUUUUUCCAAUUUUACAAUUGUACUGUUCACUUAACCAUAUUUGUGUGUUAACUCUCUGAAACGACGAUUCUCUUUGUCAUUUUAAUAUAUGUGUGUGUUGGUGUAGAGAAAAUGUAAUUUUCGGAGCAUUUUGCUCAAUAGACUGUUCUGUCAUUAAGUUUGCUCAUUUGGCAUUCCAUUCGGAUAACUUGUGAAGGAAGGCAUAUCAUGACAAAGUAGCAGCCUGGUUUGUUUGUUGAACUUAAAAGCUCUUUCAAAGCAAUGCGUGUAAUGUGUUUGUCUUGACGCUAAAAUGUAUUCGCUGCAACCUAUGAUGCAUUAGAAUUCGUUCUUUUAAAAGUCUUGGAGACCAAAUGGUAGUACAUAUAUAAAUAUGUAAGAGUAUAUUGACAGCACAAAGUGCGAUUUUGCUUAUGUAUACGUACAACACAAAACUGUAUUGUCCAAAUUAGUUAACUGGAGUCCAGUGUUACAAAUUUUAAGUGUUGAUUUCUAGAUUGUGUAGUAGUCCUCGUGACUCUUUCGAUGUAUUCUUGACGUACAAGAUGGUUUUCUUACCAAAAAAAAAUCUCUCCCGCGUAGAAUUUCUUGUACACCCAGAUUCUCUUUAGUGACGUGCAAUGAUUUAAUUUGCUGAAUGUUGAUAGUUACUCUACUCAGUGAAUAUAAAAUGUUUGGCCGCGUGGGUUAUGCUGGUCGUAACUUCCACAGGCUAUAGGAAGUUAUUUUUGAUAACGCUUAGCUGUUGAACUGAAAGUGCCGAGUGGAGCAGUCGUCUUUUGUAAUUUUUUGUAAUUGUGGAGACGUGGUACGAAGGCGAUUAUCGCAUCUUGUUAGUUACCUUUCUUUUUAUAAUUUAUAUAUGCUGUAACCGCGUUCUAAACGCAUAUUAGUUUCUUUCACGUACUUAGAAUUCAAAGUUGUGAAGUGUUUUUUUUUUACAAUAGUCCCAUAGCAUGCGACUAAUUUUUAUGUUAUUUUUCGCCAAACUUUCCCAAUGUCUGUGAGUUUUAUUUAAUUUAACGUGAUGGUUUGGAGACUGUUCUCGCUCUCUGUUUUAUUUUUCGUUGGUCUUCAACAAUGUAUCCACCCCUUAAUUUUCCCUGUUGCGCAAAUAUGUAGAAAUUUGCAAUUUGCGACGAAUGCGCAUUUGCGAUUGGCCCGUACCUGCUAAAAUAAUGCUCUCCUCCCAAAGCAGUGCCAAAAGGCAGCGAUCCGUGGAGACGAUGUGAGUGGUGAUGUGAGAGGAGCUGUGAGGCUGUACUGCAGGAUAGAUUUGUUGAUGUAGAAUACUGGAGAUGGCAUUGUACAUAGUGUAACCAAUUGUAAUUUAUUUUUAAAUUAACUGUUGUCUAGUAAUUGUUGCUUUUGAUGCGUGUUCAAAACACAAAGUCCAAAAGCCAGAUUGUGAAUUAAUUUUUAAAGAGGUUUAUAAUUUUAAUGUAAAAGUGAUAAUGUAUAAAAUGAAAUGUUUUAAGUUGCGCUUGAUAAAAGCUUACUCAUGUUUUAAUUAUUUUUUUCACAGUUUGCUCAAAUUGUCCCUUGUCUGCUAGUGUUUUGGCACUGCCCGAACCCUGGUAGUGUCCUAUUUUCAAUAAACCACUCUCUCAUUUA